GGUCCUUGUUACUUGGACCAGGCAGCAGCAGAGCUUGUCAGCUGUGGAGCUGUGAGUCAGAAGAUGGAUCCUCUUGUUUCCUGGGAGUCAAAUACUUUGUCAGCUUAAAAGGACUCGAAAUUCUAGACGUAGAGGAUGACUUCAGAAUGGGACUGUUUCAACCUGUAAUGCUUUCAUAUGAGUGUCAGCUGCCUGUCAUUGCAGUGUGCUGGAACAUCACGUUUGGCAACGUCAGAGAGAGAAAAACGUGACCACAGGAGCUGUCUGCGAAGGAGCAGUUACCGGUGCUCACAACGCAGCUCAUCAGAAUCUGAUUUUUAAACAGCUAGCAAUAUUGUACAAAUUUGUCCAUCCCAUAAUACUCUCCCACUUGAAUUGGUAAGGUGUGGGGGAGGAGGAGGAAAAUACCCCGAGUUUUUUUAGCCUAUGCCUUUAAUGUACUCAUGUCUGCAAUACUGUAGAUACGACACUUCUGCAUAGCAAACUGGUUAAUCAUAGCUACGGUCUGGUAGCUAUGACUCUUCUGCGUAAGCAAAUGAGUUUUGGAAAGGCAUCAUAAACCAAAAGGUUAGUGAAAUAUUGAUCAUGAGUAACAAGCCUUCUCAUUUUCCAUGAUAGGAUAUUAUAAUGAUGAUUCCAAUAUAAUAAAAAUAACUGUAUAUGUGCUGAUUCCUUUAUAAACAGAUCAAUACUGUGAAGUCAGCAUACUUAGCCAAGAUGAAGUCUAAAUAUAGAUGGAAAGGGACAGGCUGUUUCUUAGCUGCCUUCAUGGGUUCUGCUGGGGCUGACAGCUUCCUAUGGCUCUAAAAGUAGAGAAAGAACAGCAGAACAAGUGUUCUUCGAGUGAUUUUCACUGGCUGAUCUCUUCCAUACUGGCACAUUACCUGAACGUAGUUAUGUUUUCUUUUAGAUACAAUGGAGAGGCCUUCCUUGGAAAUUAACCUGCCCAAUACUCAGGAAGAAGGGAAACUUUAUGUAGUUGAUUCCUUAAACAACCUAAACAAACUAAAUGUUUGUCCAGAUGGAUCCCAACAUGUGCUAGAUGAGGAAGAGAACAUUGGUGCUACUGAAGAAAACACGUCAGGGAGCAACAUAAGAAACCAGCGUUUGUUCUUCAUCACCUUCAUUCUUACUUUGAUCAUCAGUCUGGCACUUGUUUCAUUUGUAAUAUUCAUAAUAAUUCAAACUAGAAACAAGAUGGACCAAAUAUCAAGCAGACUAAUAGCUGAAAAGAAGAACAUAGAAGAGCUUAAGAAAAUUAACAAUAUGAUAUUAAAGCAUCUAAAUCAAUCAGGAAUUAAGGAAAAUGGGAGAUACCUCUUCACACAGUCUCCUGAUCUUCACAGUUACCUCUUUGCCCAUGCUGAGCUGAAAGUCCCUGAAGAAUAGAUCUUCUUUGGUAUGAAAUUCAGCGUAUUUAUGUACUCAAGCUAUUUUCACAUAUGGCACAUGGGUCACUUAAACAUUCUGACAUGGUCACAGGAGCAUUAGAAAAGCCAGAUGUAUGAAAGACAGUAGAAAACAGAUUUUAUCCUGUUUCAUAUGAAUGUAGAGUUGACAACUAAGACCAUAUGAUUUAUAAUAAAUGAUGGAUUAUCAAUGA